AUCUCGUGUUGACGUAUUCAAUUCAGUGCUAGUCCGUAGCGCUAGUGUCAAGUCGUUCAAGUACGCAGAAAAAUAUUAUAUUUACAAAAUAUUAACGUUGGUAAUUCACCGGUUUACAGAGCACGUUUUACUUUUGAUUGAAUCUGCACUCGUGACUCGGUGUAACUACAAAACAGACACCAUGCCAUUAUUUAGCGGCCGCUGUCUGAGUACGGCCAAACUUAUUGGUAAAACGGCUCUGAUAACUGGAUGCAAUACCGGGAUUGGAAAAGAGACUGUUCUGGAUUUUUAUAAAAGAGGUGCAAGAGUUAUAAUGGCCUGUCGAAGUAUGGAAAAGGCAGAGGAAGCAAAGUCAAAUAUUGUAGAUGCGUGCAAAGAUUUACCAGAUGUUGGUGAACUAGUCCUGGUUAAAUUGGACCUUACAUCCUUGAAGUCCGUCAGGCAAUGCGCACAGCAUAUUGUGGACUCAGAACCACAAAUAAAUAUUCUAGUAAAUAAUGCUGGAAUAAUGAUGUGUCCAAAAGGAGAGACGGAAGAUGGGUUUGAAAUUCAGUUCGGAACAAACCAUUUGGCUCAUUUUUUGUUCACAUUACUUUUGCUGCCAAAAAUCAUAAAAAGCACUCCAGCUCGCAUAGUUACUGUAUCUUCAAAAGCUCAUACCAGAUACGGUAUUAACUUCGACGACCUAAACUACAAGAAACGACGAUACAACGCUGCUGAAGCAUAUUCACAAAGCAAGCUUGCUAACGUAUUGUUCUCCAGGGAACUUGCGAAGAAACUCAAGGAACAUAACAUCGAAGGAGUCAAUACAUACAGCUUACACCCCGGCGUAAUCAAGACUGAAUUGGGUCGUCAUUUAAAUGACACUCUGUUUCCAGGUGCUCGCCCAAUAAUAGGCUUUGUACUUUCACCUUUUAUGAAAAACCCGGAACUUGGUGCGCAGACUACCAUCUACUGCUCAGUAGAUGAGAAAUGUGCUGAGGAAACCGGAUUAUAUUACAGUGACUGCGCUGUAACGACUCCUGCACGAAGUGCAUUAAAAGACGAUGAUGCUAAGAAACUGUGGGAUAUAUCAGCUGAAUUGGUGGGACUGGGAGACUACAAUCCAUUUAAAGCACACCAAUGAGCAUAGGUAUAGAGACGCAAAAGACUUUUUUAUUACUUCAUUUUUAAUAUUUUAUUUAUUAUUAUUAUAAUCAGUUAACUUAAUUUAAAUUCAUAUUUUCACUUUACAUAGUAUAAUGGUGUUGUGAACAAAAAAUAACUUUAAUUUAUUUAAAAUAAAUGCAUACAUUAACUAGUUAUAUAUUUUUUAAAUAAAAUAUGUGGGUUAAAAAAAUAA